AAAGCUGCUGUAACAAGUGUAUAACCCAUCAGAUGGCGAAACCCACCAUCCCUCAGAUGUCGGAAGGAUACCUUACAUGUUUGGAUAAUGGACGUGUUUAUAGAGAUGGUGAGACGUUUGCUUCCACAACCACAAGCCUCCAGCCUCAACAACCCAGUCAGUGUGUUCAAUGUGUCUGUCAGGAAGGAAGAAUAUUAUGUCGUCUUAAGACGUGUAAAUUAACGACCUGUUCAAAAACUAUAUCAACCCCUGAUGAUUGCUGCCAAGCUUGUCAAGAAGCUGAGAACGUUAAUAACAAAGAUGUCAAUAGCCAGGAACACGUGCUCGUUACGUUCACGAUAACAGAUGAAAGUAUAAAAGGGCGGAACUCUACUAACGAUUGUUUAUCUGGAGGUCAGAUUUACUCUCAGGGUGCUACGUGGCACCCUGUGAUUGGACCGCUUGGACAGAUGGAAUGUGUUAUAUGCAAGUGUCAGCUAGGAAAAGUUGAAUGCAGUCGUCUAAGCUGUAAAGAAACAAAAUCCUGCAGUGAAUUAAAGCAAAUACCCGGGAGGUGUUGUCCAGUGUGUAUCAGUGAAGAAAUUUCUGAAGAUGCUACCAAUUCCAAGGAAAUUCCACAACAAAACCCUCUUCCCAAUGAGACGCGAGAGAAACUAUGUAUUCCAAAAAAAAGAGACGCCUUAGUGUACAGGAGCCAAGCAUCCCAUCGACUCAGCGGAUAUUAUCAAUACGCUUUUCAAACACAGAAUGACCACGGGACUAUUCGAUUGUUAUCUUGGACGGUUAAAGCCGAGAAAAUGGCAGACUUUUCUAAACAGCACCUUUCAACAAAAGAGUUCGGCGUUUUGAGAACCACGUUUAGAUUCACUUUGCUUGGAGCUACUAAGACAAAGCUGAUGGAUAGAUUCAUUAAGAGAUCAAAAAGUCUGGCAGACCAUUGUGUCAGCGGUUGUCACAGAAAGAUCUCCAGGUUAGAAACAGUUCUCCGUCUCAAAGAAAUUUCCCGAAGAUCUCAUUGCUCUAAAAGGGAAAAAGUGUUUGGAAAGUAGAUUUCACCGCACAUCAUUACUGUUAACAUUUAAAUAAAGUGUUAGCAGUAAUUACAAGUGAUUAUUUUUACGGAGGAAUUGCCAAGGUGUUAAGAGGAGGGUGAGCAUAAUCUUAACGGAAACAGGUUGUUAGUUUACUGGAAUGUUGAUUAAACUCACCAUCCCCUGGGCGCUUCUUUUCGUAAAAGAAACACGUAUCAGUAGUCACUGUUCAUCAUUCACAACUGUCGGAGAAGUGAAACUUGAAUACCAAAAUGAGUCGGUUUAAGUUAACUUUACAAAACUGUCUUAAGCUUCGGUAAGUCACCCAUAUCUCGCAGCUACGAGUGUAUUUUUACAAAAUUCCAUACAAAAAAAAGAAUCACAUACCAGUAGGUGGC